GGUCUCUUUACGUUUUUGAUCAAGCCAUUCAAGGGCCCAAGCUGAAUUAAUUUAGUGAAGAUUAGAGAGAGAAAGACAACAACUUCACCCGCUAACAAGCUCCUUUCCUUUCUUUCACUUUCUUUGAAAAGGCAACAAGAUCUAACAAGGUUUUGCCCAUCAAGAGAACGAAGAUGGUAAGGCGGAAGUUUAAAUGGAGUUGGGUUUUUGCGUUGUUAGCAAUGCUUAUUCAGUUGCAUUUCUUCACCGGAGUUUUCUCUGAGAAUAACGAGAACACCCCAUUUAGAAAACUACUGAGGAGUAUCAAUGACAGAGAAUUAGUCGCGUCCCGUGCUGUCAAAUUGAAUACACAAAAUCGUAGAGAGGUGAUAAUGAGUAAUGGGCUAGUUCAAGUCACUCUGUCGAGCCCAGAUGGUGAAGUCAUAGCAAUAAAGUAUAAUGGAAUUGAUAAUGUAUUGGAAACAGAAAACAAACAAGAUAAUCGAGGGUACUGGGACGUGGUUUGGUAUAAGCCAGGAGAUGAAGGAACCUAUGACAAAUUAGAAGCAACAAACUUCAGGGUGAUUGUGGCAGAUGAAAAUCAAGUAGAGGUUUCAUUCUCAAAAAAAUGGAAUAGUUCUCGACAUAGAUCAAACGUUCCCUUAAAUGUAGACAAAAGGUACAUAAUGCGGCGCGGUGUCUCAGGAUUAUAUGCGUAUGCCAUUCUGGAACGCGAACCAGGCUGGCCCGAUGUCGACAUGGAUCAAAUUAGAGCCGUUUUCAAGCUCCAAAAAGACAAGUUUCGUUAUAUGGCAAUAUCAGACGAGAGGCAAAGAAUAAUGCCAAUGCCCGAAGACCGUGUAACGGGUCAGCCUCUUGCCUACCCUGAAGCUGUUCUCUUGACCAAUCCAACUAAUCCAGAACUAAGAGGAGAGGUGGAUGACAAGUACCAGUACUCGUUGGAAAGCAAAGAUAAUAAAGUACACGGGUGGAUAUCAUCUGAUCCACCAGUGGGUUUCUGGAUGAUCACACCCAGUGCCGAAUUCCGAACAUCUGGCCCGAUCAAGCAAGAUCUCACCUCCCAUGUAGGCCCCACCGUUCUAUCUAUGUUUACCAGUACACAUUAUGGUGGGAAGGAUAUAGAUACAAAAUAUCGGAAUGGAGAGCCCUGGAAAAAAGUAAUGGGUCCUGUGUUUGUCUAUCUAAACAAAGUUUCAUCUAAGGGAGAUAUCUAUGGAGAUCUUUGGAAAGAUGCCAAAAAACAGGCGUGGAAAGAAGUUGAAAGCUGGCCAUAUCAUUUCCCUCGGUCAAAAGAUUUUCCUAAAUCAUAUCAAAGAGGAAACGUUUCUGGUCAAUUACAAGUCUUUGACCGAUAUAUCAAUUCGAGUAUAAUAGGGGCAAAAUAUGCUUAUGUGGGAUUGGCAGCACCUGGAGACGUGAGAUCAUGGCAAACAGAAACGAAGGGUUAUCAGUUCUGGACACAAUCUGACGAGAAAGGGAAUUUCUUCAUUAAAAAUGUUCGAGAAGGGGACUAUAAUUUGUAUGCAUGGGUCCCUGGAGUUGUUGGAGAUUAUAAGCAUGACAUUAAUAUUACCGUCAAAGCAGGAUCUAAGUUCAAGUUGGGAGCCAUUGUGUAUAGGCCUCCCAGAUAUGGUCCUACAUUGUGGGAAAUUGGCGUUCCCGAUCGCUCUGCUGUUGAGUAUUUCGUGCCGGACCCCUAUCCAACACUCAUGAACCGACUGUACACUAAGGACACCAUGGACAAGUUUAGGCAAUACGGACUAUGGGAACAAUAUGCAGAUAUCUAUCGUAACGAUGACCUCAAGUACACCGUCGGCGUUAGUGAUUAUACUCGAGAGUGGUUCUUUGCUCAUGUUACCAGGGAAAUAGGAAAUAGGACAUAUCAAGCAACCACAUGGCAGAUUAUGUUUGAGCUUCCAUAUGUUGAUAAUCCAGGACCUUACACACUUCAAGUGGCCUUGGCAUCAGCAACUGACUCUGAAUUACAGGUUCGACUCAAUGAUGCAAAUGUCGAAAAACCUCAUUUCACCACAGGGCUAAUCGGCAAGGACAACGCCAUUGCCAGACAUGGAAUUCAUGGGUUGUACAGGUUUUAUAGUAUCAAUGUUCCAAGCAAUAAACUUUACAGAGGAAACAACACAAUCUAUCUAACUCAGUCAAGAAGCAGAAGCCCCUUCCAAGGAAUUUUGUAUGAUUACAUUCGCUUAGAAGGUCCCCCUGCCCGUGAAACUUGAUAACGCCAAAAUGCUGUAGCAUAAGGUUUAUAUUGAUUAAUUUAUUGUAAAUUUUUUAGGCAUUAUUUAGUUAAUCUCUUCUUGUGAUUAGCCUUAAAAGUAGAUAAAAUGCGCAAUUGAUUUAAUCAAACUCAUUCCUUGUAUCUCCCAUUGUAUACAUUGUUAUUCAAUCUUGCUCAUUCUUUGGUUU